AUGGCGGUCGCGGCCCCGGCGCUGCGGCCCGGCGCGGACGGGUCGAAGGACUGUCUUCCCGCGCCGAAUGGGGCGCCGACGCGGUGCGGGGGCUCCUCCGCGCGUCACGGCAGUGUCCACCCAUUCAGUUGCCAUGGCGGUAGUGAUGAGAGUUGCCUGCUGUUUUUUAUCGUCCUCCGCAAGGAACGGCGCGAUGUGGAGGCGGUGUGGUCGUUCCCGCUUCCCUUCGAGGCGGUUGAGGCGAGGUACCCGAUGUUGACCCAGUUUGUCUACACGAACGCAGGGACCUCGUACUCUGCGGAGGAGCUUAGCCACACGUUUGUUCUCACCGAUGGACGUGGGGUGCGUCUGUACGGGCAUUGCACGGCGUUUGUGAAUGGGGAAUCCGUCGUUAGUCUCUCACCAUACCCCUGGUGUCGCUUCUUUACACACCUCGCCACGCUGUUUCGCACGAAUGGCUAUGAAAACGGGAAGCUGAUUGUGAAGGCGCUUUACAAUUGCCCCACACCCCCGUCAGGGGGCAUCUUUGCGCUGCCCGACCACAUCCCCAUUAGCUUCCAACGGCCCUAUGACAGGCUGUGCUCGUUUAUUGACACAACACCCGUGUAUCUGCUUACUAUAUUUCCGGUCACUAGCACGUUAUUCUCCGUCUUGGCCGACCUCUUACUCGAGAAACACGUUAUUGUAGUUGGACCCAACUUUGGUCUUGUCUCGCAGGUGGUGAUGUCGCUGCAAUCCCUCAUUUCGCCCUUUGAUUGGAUGCACAUUUUAAUCCCCAUUCUUCCUAGUACCCUUUUGGACGUAUUGGCAGCCCCGACACCCUACCUUGUCGGCAUUCUCACCUCACAGCUUCCACUGCUGGAGAGUGUGCCCAUCGACAGUUGCGUAAUGAUUCACCUGGGAUCCUCUGGAACCUGCGAGGAAGUGCAAUACUAUAAUGAGGAAAAGCACACAUUGCCAAAUUCAGGCACCUUUAGUGCGCUUCGAAUAGGAUACCAAACUUUAAAGAUGCAGGACCCUCGAGACCAGACGGCGCGGGAUCUUUGCAGCCUUUUUCUAACUUACUAUGCAAAGUUAUUAGGUGAUAUUGGUGUCUGUGGUGCAGCGGGAACGCAGACGUUUUCGACGAAAGACCCAAAGGACAUUCUUUUCUAUAGGCUGCUUAUGAGUACGCAGUGUUACACUGCCCUCAUAGAAACAGUGCAGGAGGCGUUUGUAGGGGAUGACCAUGCGUGGAUGGACAAUGAAUUUUUUGUUGCGCUUGUCCGAGGGCAUGCGAAGAUGUACCCUCAACGUUACCAACAACUCAUUCACGAGGAACAAAGAGGCGGUGGAUACACAACUCGUCACGCAGAUUGCUUUGGAAGUAGAGAAGAACUCACAGCACUUUCUGCUAUGAUUCACGGAUUUGGAGGGCAUCGCAUGAGUACUGGUCGGUUGUGUUGUCAGUGUUUGUGUAGCUUGCUUAGUCGUGCAGUGUGCUUGAAGGACCCGCGUGCCCUUGUGACGCUGGAAGCCGUCGUUCCUCCUAUGGGGCAGGGGAGUUACUUCUCCGCCCCUCUUCACACUCCCGAGGACGCUGAAAUGGCGGCAGCCCAAGCGUCGAACGGCACAAAGUGUCCCUCACCAUGA